AAAACCCUACCUCCUCCUCAGCCAAGACCAGCCUCCCCGGCAGCCGCACACAGCGCCGCCGCCUGCCCCACCUUGCAAGCACGCCGCGCCCGUUCCUCCACACCCACAACGCCGUCGCCCGCCCACAUGGAGCCUGCGCCCACGCCCCACCUCCUCCUCGCCGCCACCACCCCCCCCCCCCCCCCCCCCACACACACACACACAACAGCGACACCCUGCCUCGUCCUCACGCAUAGCACCGCCGCAGCGCGCCACACACAGCACUGCCGCCGGAAUCCCCUUCUCGCCGCUGUCCGCCCCGUCAUCGUGCCUGCAUCCCGCCCAAAUCCCCCAACUGAGCUCCGGACGCAAGGAUCGAGCCUCUAUCCCGUGCAUGCAAGUCCAGAUGCAACUGCUCCCACCCUUCAAAUCAGGCUCUCGGCGUUGUCCCCAACUGAGCGCUGCGUCCCCAAUCAUGCUGGUAUUUGGAGCUGCCUGUGGCAUUGCUGCCCUCCUGAAGUCCAAUUAAGGAUACUAUUCAGGACUGUGUUCACUCUGCAGGACAGAAAUUACUAUAAAAUAUUUGCUCUGUAGGUAAGAUAUGAUAAUCCAUUGUAGAGUCCGAGGCCCGAAGAAGCUGUGGAUGAGUCACAGCAUGAUAAUGCUCAAGUUGAAGAAGGUUGGAAAGACUGACAUACUAUAUGCUAUGCUGAGAUCACAAGCUGUUGCUAAGGGCACAAUUAUUUCAACUAAUCCAAACACCAUAGUAGGAGUCCAGCCUCUUGGAAAGCAAUUUUGUGAAGUUAUUGUGAAUUUGGUGCUGAAAGGAGAUGCAAUGCUGCCUCGUCCUUACGAUAAUAUGGAAUCUAUGGCUGGUGCAUAUAUGAUGUCAAUUGCAUGGCCAUACAAGAGGCUAAAGGUUUGCGAUGAUAGGACAUCAAAACCUUCUCAUGGUGCUGCAGGAGUGCAGGAACCACUGGGCAUUGCUAAUUAACUAGUACCAGCUGAACUAGUAGGACCUUUUUGUUGGAUGAUCUUUUGGAGGAUGUGGUGAUUUUAGUGGAACUUUUGCUGGCCGGGAUGACACCACUGAGGAAGCACAGUACAUCAAUUGUUGCACUUGUCUCAUGUGUGAUUUUGGUGGAAGGUUAAACCUCUGAAUAUGAUGUCUUUUGUACAACUAAGCUAAUGGCUGUGCAGCUGGACUAUAGAUACAUGAACUGAUAGCUGUUAUCUUAUCUUGACUCUUGGCUUGUAUGGAUAAUGUGCUACAUAUAUUCACCUAUUAAGAAUAGGUUACUCUGAUUAUGUGGAGUAAUAUAUGACUAUAUGGUGUAUCAUGUAUGGAUCACUCAUUGAAUCGAAUAUUCGUCUGGAAUUAUA